GUCCCUCCUGUCCUUUCACCGGGGCGAGGGCAACCGACGGCCGGGAAGAGGCGGCUUCGGAGCCGGAGGACGGGAGUGGGAGGGUGGAGAAGCUGCCUGGAGGGGGUGGGAGCCCGCCUGAGAGGCCGUCGCCUCCGGGAGUCUCUCUCGGCUAUAGGCGGGGCGCUCCUUUCAUAGAGGGAAAAAAAAACCCCGUUAAUUCACUGUGCUUGGGGAAAAGAAGAGCAUCCAUUUUGACUUCUCUCAAGGUCCUGCCCUCAUUGGGAGAAAAGCAGGAUGUGGCACGAAGCUCGAAAACAUGAGCGAAAGCUGCGGGGGAUGAUGGUGGAUUACAAGAAAAGAGCGGAACGUCGGAGAGAGUAUUACGAAAAGAUAAAAAAGGAUCCAGCCCAAUUCCUGCAGGUCCAUGGACGCGCCUGCAAGGUGCACUUAGAUUCCGCUGUGGCUCUUGCAGCCGAAAGUCCUGUGAAUAUGAUGCCUUGGCAGGGAGAUACCAACAACAUGAUUGACCGGUUCGAUGUACGGGCGCACCUGGAUUACAUCCCCAUGUAUACUCCUCCCCUGCUGAAUCCAAUCUCUCCCGAGCAGGAAUCUGACGAAAGGAAAUGCAACUAUGAAAGAUACAGAGGACUUGUGCAGAACGAUUUUGCUGGCAUCUCAGAAGAACAAUGCCUGUAUCAGAUCUACAUCGAUGAGCUGUACGGAGGACUUCAGAAGCCCAAUGAGGACGAGAAAAAGAAGUUGGCCGAGAAGAAAGCUUCCAUUGGUUAUACCUACGAGGACAGCACAGUGGCUGAACUUGAGAACCCGUCCGAGAAGCGAGCGGAGGAAGAGGAUUCCGAAGAAGACAGCAACACCGACGAGGAUGAAGUCAUCCCCGAUAUUGAUGUCGAAGUUGACGUAGAUGAGCUGAACCAAGACCAAGUGGCUGAUCUGAAUAAACAGGCGACAACUUACGGGAUGGCCGAAGGGGAUUUUGUCCGGAUGUUGCGGAAGGACAAAGAGGAGGCGGAAGCUAUCAAACACGCCAAAGCUCUGGAGGAAGAAAAAGCCAUGUACUCGGGUCGCCGCUCCAGGCGGCAAAGGAGGGAAUUCCGAGAGAAACGUUUGAAAGGAAGGAAGAUCAGCCCUCCGAGUUACGCUCGGAGAGACAGUCCCACCUACGACCCCUAUAAACGAUCCCCCUCCGAAUCCAGCUCCGAGUCUCGUUCCCGCUCUCGCUCGCCUUCCCCUGGUCACGAAGAGAAGAUCACUUUCAUCACCAGCUUCGGGGGCAGCGAUGAAGAAGCCGCUGCUUCCCAAGCCGGGGGAGCCCCUCGGAAAACACCCCCCGUCAACAAGCCACGCUCCAGCCAAGCGCAGCAGGGCAACGUUCCGGCAGGUCAUAGCGCCUCCUCCCGGCGACGCUCCACCUCCUCCUCCACCACCUCCUCCUCCUCUUCCUCGUCCACUUCCUCCUCCUCCAGCUCGCAGUCCAGCUCACGGUCCCAUCGGACAAGUAGUUACCACAGGACUGGCGGCUACAGCCGUUCCCGCAGCCACAGGUAUUCCCGGUCCCCCAGCAGGACCAGGCGGUACUCGGCCGGAGGCUCUCGAGAUGGGCGACGACACUCCAGGUCGCGGUCGAUGGAGCGGGGCUGGCGUUACGGCUCUCGACGCAGAUCCAGGAGCCAUUCCCGGUCUGGGGAACAUUAUCGGUGGAGCAGCGGCAGAGGAGGGAGGCACUGGAGCAGCAGCCGCAGCAGCCAAAGUGAGAGUGAAUCGCGGAGCCGCAGCCGGUCAGUGUCUCCAGCCAGAGAGAAAAUGCUGAGGCCUGCGGUUUCGCCUGCUGUAGGGGAGAAACUGAAAAAGGCUGAAACGGCUGGUGGUAAAGAGACAGGAGCUGCCAAACCAAAGCUGACUCCGCAGGAGAAACUGAAGCUGCGUAUGCAGAAGGCGCUUAACCGGCAGUUCAAAGCAGACAAGAAAGCAGCCCAGGAGAAGAUGAUGCAGCAGGAACACGAAAGGCAGGAACGCGAGGAUGAGUUGCGUGCCAUGGCUCGGAAGAUCCGGAUGAAGGAGCGGGAACGGCGGGAGAAGGAGCGGGAAGAGUGGGAGCGACAGUACAGCCGCCACAGCCGCUCUCCUUCUCCGCGCUACAGUCGAGAAUACAGCUCGUCCAGAAGGCACUCGCGGUCACGAUCCCGGAGCCCUCACUACCGCCACUAGGACGAAUUCCCGGGCGCAAGGCCACGCAACUGACUUCUCGCCCUGCUGACUCCCCCCCACUCCACCCCGUCACCCCCAUCCCCACCGGGGAGGGGGCUCACGUUAACCCUACUGUGUAAUUAAUGCUGUACAUUGCUGUUUUUGUUUUUGCCAGAAAAAUAAAAAAGUUUGAAAAAAGUUA